GGCGGGCGGAAGCGGCCCCGCCGUAAACGCGGCUCCCGCGCGCGCGGCACUUCCGGCCGGGUUCCGCGGACGGCGAUCGUGGAGGCGGCGGAGGACGUUGGGCGGCCGGCGCCAUGGAGAUGCCUCUGCCGCCGGAGGACCAGGAGCUUCGCAAUGUCAUCGACAAGCUGGCCCAGUUCGUGGCGCGCAACGGGCCCGAGUUUGAGAAGAUGACGAUGGAGAAGCAGAAGGACAACCCCAAGUUCUCAUUCCUCUUUGGGGGCGAGUUCUACAGCUACUACAGGUGCAAGCUGGCCUUGGAACAGCAGCAGCGGCCCCGGGCCACUCCACCCGCAGUCCUCUGCAAGCAGCAGGCCCCGGAGCUGGAGGCGGCCGCGGCCCUGCCGCCCCUGGCGCAGCCCCCGCCGGCCCAGGGCGCCCCAUCGGUGGACGAGCUCAUCCAGCAGAGCCAGUGGAACCUGCAGCACCAGGAGCAGCACCUGCUGGCCCUCCGACAGGAGCAGGUGACGGCGGCCGUGGCGCACGCCGUGGAGCAGCAGAUGCAGAAGCUGCUGGAGGAGACGCAGCUGGACAUGGCCGAGUUCGACAACCUGCUGCAGCCCAUCAUCGACACGUGCACGAAGGAUGCCAUCUCGGCCGGCAAGAACUGGAUGUUCAGCAACGCCAAGUCGCCACCGCACUGCGAGCUGAUGGCCGGCCACCUGCGCAACCGCAUCACGGCCGAGGGCGCGCACUUCGAGCUGCGGCUGCACCUUAUCUACCUCAUCAACGAUGUGCUACACCACUGGGCCCUGACGCGCGGAAGGUCUCUCCCUCACAGCCAGCGCAAGCAGGCCCGGGAGCUGCUGGCCGCCCUGCAGAAGGUGGUGGUGCCCAUCUACUGCACCAGCUUCCUGGCUGUGGAGGAGGAGAAGCAGCAGAAGAUCGCCCGGCUGCUGCAGCUCUGGGAGAAGAACGGCUACUUCGAUGACUCCAUCAUCCAGCAGCUGCAGAGCCCAGCCCUGGGGCUCGGCCAGUACCAGGCCACGCUCAUCAGCGAGUAUUCGUCCGUGGUGCAGCCGGUGCAGCUGGCCUUCCAACAGCAGAUCCAGAGCCUCAAGACACAGCACGACGAGUUUGUCAGCAGCCUGGCCCAGCAGCAGAUCCAGCUGCCGCAGAUGGAAGCCGAGGUCAAGGCCACGCCGCCGCCAGCGGCCCCACCGCCCGCCCCGACCCCCGCCCCGGCCAUGCCCCCCACCACCCAGUCAGACGACAACAAGCCCCCCAUCCAGAUGCCAGGCUCCAGCGAGUAUGACGGCGGCGGAGGGGUGCAGGACUCUGCGGCCACCGGCCCCCGGGGCCCUGGGCCCCACGACCAGAUCCCCCCCAACAAGCCCCCGUGGUUCGACCAGCCCCACCCCGUCGCUCCGUGGGGCCAACAGCAGCCUCCGGAGCAGCCACCGUACCCGCACCACCAGGGCGGGCCACCCCACUGCCCCCCCUGGAACAGCAGCCACGAGGGCGUGUGGGGCGAGCAGCGCGGCGACCCCGGCUGGAACGGCCAGCGGGACGCGCCCUGGAGCAACCAGCCGGACCCCAACUGGAACAACCAGUUUGAGGGCCCCUGGAGCGGGCAGCCCGAACAGCCACCGUGGGGCGGCGGCCAGCGCGAGCCGCCCUUCCGCAUGCAGCGGCCGCCUCACUUCCGCGGGCCCUUCCCGCCGCACCAGCAGCACCCACAGUUCAACCAGCCGCCACACCCGCACAACUUCAACCGCUUCCCGCCCCGCUUCAUGCAGGACGACUUCCCACCGCGCCACCCCUUCGAGCGGCCACCUUACCCGCACCGCUUUGACUAUCCACAGGGCGACUUCCCGGCUGAGAUGGGCCCGCCCCACCACCACCCCGGCCACCGCAUGCCACACCCGGGCAUCAAUGAGCACCCGCCCUGGGCUGGGCCCCAGCACCCCGACUUCGGCCCUCCCCCCCACGGCUUCAACGGGCAGCCCCCCCACAUGCGGCGGCAGGGCCCGCCCCACAUCAACCACGACGACCCCAGCCUGGUCCCCAACGUGCCCUACUUCGACCUGCCGGCCGGCCUCAUGGCGCCUCUCGUGAAGCUGGAAGAUCACGAGUACAAAGCGCUGGACCCCAAGGACAUCCGCCUGCCGCCCCCGAUGCCACCCAGCGAGCGGCUGCUGGCGGCUGUGGAGGCUUUCUACAGCCCGCCCUCCCAUGACAGGCCCCGCAACAGCGAGGGCUGGGAGCAGAACGGCCUCUACGAGUUCUUCCGGGCCAAGAUGCGGGCCCGGCGGCGCAAAGGCCAGGAGAAGAGGAACAGCGGCCCCUCCAGGUCCCGCAGCCGCUCCAAGAGCCGUGGCCGCUCCGACUCGCGCUCCGACUCACGCUCCUCCAAGUCCUCGGGCUCCUACUCGCGCUCCCGCUCCCGCUCCCGCUCCUACUCCCGCUCCCGCUCCAGGUCCAGGAGCCGCAGCAGGUCCCGCUCGUCCCGAAGCCGCUCCCGCUCCCGCUCCCGUUCCCGCUCCAAGUCCUACUCGCCCGGGAGGAGGCGCCGCUCGCGCUCCCGGAGCCCCACGCCACCUUCCUCGGCCGGGCUGGGCUCGAACUCGGCGCCACCUGUUCCCGACUCGAGGCUCGGCGAGGAGAACAAGGGCCACCAGAUGCUUGUCAAAAUGGGCUGGAGCGGCUCCGGCGGCCUGGGCGCCAAGGAGCAGGGCAUCCAGGACCCCAUCAAGGGCGGCGACGUGCGGGACAAGUGGGACCAGUACAAGGGCGUGGGCGUAGCCCUCGACGACCCCUACGAGAACUACCGGCGCAACAAGAGCUACUCCUUCAUCGCCCGCAUGAAGGCCCGCGACGAGUUCUCCACGUUUGGGGCGCGAAAGGAAGAGAAGGAAGACGUAACGCAUUCCUAGCGGGGAGCACCGUGGGAGCCCCCACACCCACACAGGACCCCUGACCGCGGGAGGCCGCGGAGAGCAGCGGGCUGUCCCUGCCCAGCACCCCGCCUUUAGUUGUAGAGACG